UCUGGGCGGCGCGGUCGCAAAAGGCUGCACGCGAUAGGAAACGCACUCUGAGCGGAGGCACGCAACGGCGGCCGCUCGGCCCCCUGAUACUGCGCGACGCUCGGGCAGUGAAAGGAGGAAGCGAAAAAGGAGCCCACCUCGGCGUCGAGCUCAGCCGUGUGAUUAACGGCCUCUGCGCAUGCUCUCUCUGCAAGGCUACGCGAUGAAACGGCGUCUCCCUUCGGGGCUCCGCUGCCUGGACCAGCUGCUGCUCCUCUGGGCCGUUUGCUUCUCUCAGUUCGUUCCUGGAAAGGACCUGCUCCUGGCUGACAUGCUCUCCCGUGCGCCCUCCCUUUUACCAAACCCGGAAGCAAUGGAGGACAUCGAGGAACGGCGCCUGCGCACCAACGUUCCGGAAUACAGCACAGAGCUGGGAUGCCCAAUAGUCAAGCAUCGACAGCAGGCCACGGGCAAAACGCUGCACCCUUUGCAGCAAGGAGACACGGUACGCAUACUGGACGACAACUGGUCACGUAAGGCAAGAGUGCUUCAAGAAGCGGCUCCCCGGUCCCACAUCGUGGAGACAGAGGAUGGAAGGCUUCUAAGGUGGAACAGACAACACCUGCUUCAAACGCGGGAAAAAUACCGCAGGGUAGACGAAGAUGACAACAGCAACGCUGAAAAUAGUAGCUUACGAAACGAAAGACAGGAGCCUCUAGAAAAAGGCUAAAGUGCACCCGGGUUAACUGGUCAUCCGCAAGCCAACAUACAGGUCUUCCCCAAAGUGGAGGCAUCGAAAGCAGAGCCCCGCAGGUCGACCCGUCAGCGCAACAAGCCUCGACGGCUGCAAUACAAAGCGAAUUUCCGUCAAGUCUCCUAGCAUCUUUUUUUUCUUGCUUUGUAGUCAUAAAGUCCUUCUUUUAUUUUCGUUAA